UUGCUUCCAACUGAUAAAGUUUAGUGUUGUGUGUAGUCAGACCACAUAUUCACCAAAUUCUGCAAUUAGCUUACCACUCUUGCAACUAAACUUAGCAAGACACUAUCGUCAGCACAAUAACAAUUAGAACUUGACACGUCAGCCUUGUCUAAAGCAAUACCAGUCAAAACAGAAACAAGACUCCGCUAUCAAAAACAGUGCUAACACUGCCAGGGAAACUACUGUCCCUCUUUCUAACGUUAGUUGCGAAUCGCAACAUCCAAACAUUGACAAUGCAAAUCAGAAUAUGUCAGCAGGAGCAGCCCCGGAAGCUUGUAUUUUGCAGUACCCAUCAAACCCGGGAGUUACGAAUUAUUUCAAUAACAACAAUGAUCAGAUUAUACCGGCUUUUUUUGCAAUAGAACCACAGGUAUCUCAGGCUGAAAAUGUACCAAUCAUGGAAGUCAGUGUAAAUAACAUAAAUCGUAUGUCGGAUGAAAUUGGACAACUGAUAGCUAACGCUAGUGCCGAUUUGGGUCCGCAGAAUACUAUACUUGAAUUAGAAUCGGAAAAGGCGGAUCUUGCUAGGUCUUUGAAUAACCAAAAAUUGGAAAAUGAUGAACUUCGUCUGAGAAUUCGGAACUAUCAAUCUUUGGUGGAGGAAUUAAAAAAUGAAAACGAUAAAUUGAAACUGGAAAAUAGCACGAAAGUAACAAGUGAGUUAGGCCCUGUUCAAGAACAGCUGCAAAUCCAAAUUCAAGCCGUUGGAGUAUUGGUAGGAGAAAAAGCAGAUUUGACUGCAACAGUUAGUAAAUACCAAAGUUUGGUCAAACAAAAGAGUACUGAAAAUGAUGAGCUUCAAAAUCGGUUGAAGGCUUCACGUGGGACAGUUCAAAAAUUGGAAAAAGAACUAGAAGCAUUGAAGCAAUCUAGUAAUCGAUUUGGUGAAUUAGAACGUUCUAUCAAAGAUCAAGUAAAUGAGUAUGAGAAUGAAGCCAAUAAGUUCCGUAAACUUUAUGAAGAUCUUCAAGAGGAUUCAGGUGAGCUCAAACAAAAGUUAAAUGUUCGAAAUCAAGAAUUUCAACUGAUACAAAAAGAGUUGGAAAAAACACAAUCAGAUCUUAGACUUUCGAAACUGCGAAUCGAUCAGCUAUCAUCAGAUGAUGAUAUGGAUUUUAACAUGAAAAUCGAGUCACUCAGUCAACAAAAUCUUAUCAAGGCACAGCAAAUCAAAGAUUUGCAGGAGAUCAUUAAACAGGUUGGAAACGAACGGGACCAAAGUAAUCAACAGUAUCAGAAUUAUGUGUUGCAUCUGAAUAAAGAAGUUUCGAAUUUAGCCGACAAAAUUCAAGAGUUGACCAAUGAAAACAACCGCUUGUCAUUGCGUGAGGACAAUUUGGUCCGGCAUAUCGGUGAACUGGAACGACAAAUUCAGCAUCAAUUAACCAAACAAAAGACAUAUGCUGCGCAACAACAGGCGUUUGGAGAAAAUGAACAAAGGGUGGCCAUCGAAAUGGAGCUGAAACAGUUAAUGGAAAAAGUAGCAGUUAUGGAAGCGGAACGUAUCGAAAUUCUGAAGCAUAACGAAUCUGUCGAACAGCUGACGCAAAUGUAUGAAGCUAAACUUAGACAGAACGAAGAGCGCUUAGCUGAGCUUCAACUCACGGUCGAUAGACUACAACUCGAAAAACCAAAUGUAGAAAAACUGAUGAUAGAGCUAGAAAGUGGGAAAGUAGGAGCGUCACGUGCCGUAGCUCAAAAUAUGGACUUGAAAUCACAGUUGGAAGAAAUGCAGAAAGCGUUUGUACAAAUUAGCAACGACAAACUGGAAUUGACCGAGAAACUUCAGACGGAAAUGCACUUAGGCAAAGAAAUGAAAGCUACUUACGGCCAGAUGGAAUCGGAACUAAGGUCAAUCCGCGAAAAACUGCACUACAAGGAUGAGGAAAUGAUUCGACUUGCGCACGAAACAACUGAACUCAAUAAGCAAAUUUAUCAACAGAAUCAAGAGAUCGAUCGACUAAGAUAUUACGAAUCUCGAUCCAACGAUGGUAACGUUCUACAAACCGAAUUGCAGCGAGCGCAAGAACAACUUCACCUUUUACGACAAUCCGAAUCGCCAAAAGAACACAAAUGUAGUCAUAAUUACGGAUCAGACGAACACAAAUAUGAUUACGACCAAGAACAUGCACCUAACCAUGAUCAUGAUCAUAAGCAUGAGCUCGGUCACAAUUCCGACCACGGACAGCAUGAUCUUCGACAUGAAGUUGAUAUUCUAAGACAGGAAAAAGAUGAAUUGGUUAAGGUAAUUAACUUCUUCCAGAGUAGAGUAAAGUCAUACUCCGGUCCCGGUGAAAAUAUUGGGCAUCCAAUUGAUCAGUAUGAUACCGUUAGCGAAGAUGUUUCUGGCGUAAGCCUACCGACUCAUGAAGCCAUGGAAAAGCUGCAGGAACGCUUCAAACGAACUAUGCUGGAAGUGGCAGAACUUUCUGACGAAAAACAACGUCUAGAGCAUCUGGUGAUGCAACUGCAGGGAGAAACUGAAACAAUUGGUGAAUACAUUACACUCUAUCAACAGCAACGACGAUUGCUCAAACAGAAAGACAUGGAACGGGAUCUACAGCUGCAUCAACUAGCUAACGAUCGUGAAGUUAUGAGGCUAAAAUUAAAAGAACUUAAUUACUUAGUUCACCAACUCGUCUUAGAAAAAGGUUCAAAAUCAUCUUCGUCCGUUUCUACACCACUGACAGAUGCCUAUCAUCCCAAUGCACUGCCUCUGGUCGAUUUGCCUACCAACAUGCAGGAAAAGUCUUCUAAUGCAAUAGAAAAUGAAGAACACAACACUACAAAAGUUCACAUACGGCCAACCGAAACGGCCGGCAGAAUAUUGUCUCUUUUGACCGAUAUUAAAGAAGCUAAUAUCCCCUACGGAAGCGGAGUUCAGCAUUGUUCCUGUUGUUCUGGCCGGCUGGAAACGGUUUAGAUACAAUGUGUGUAUGGGAAAAAUAAAUUUGAAUUUUUUUAUUAGAUUUUUUGAAUUUGCGUUCACGAAUAGAAUUUACGUAUCUAAAUUUUCUGCAACAUUUUUGUGUGAUACGUUUAAUACCAACUGUUUUCGAUUGGCUCAUUUAAACUUAUUGUGACGUGCUCCUGCUAUUUUAUCUAGCAACUUAUUUCAUUUGUCGAGAAAUGCUUUACAGUAUAACUGACUAAUUUUUGUAUUGGGAACAAAUUCUAUUUCCAUUAAAGCUACAACUGAUUACCAUAGAAGUUAUUAUUUAUAUUCUUAUUUAUGAUUGUAUUUUGAAACUCUACUUUUUCAACAUUUCAAACAAGCUGAUUGCAUAUUCAAAUUAGCGGUGAUAUCAAGUGAUGUGCGAAUGUACUAUAUCCAAUGAUAUCACGUACCAUAUCACCAUUUUUGCAUACCAUUGUGUUCUUUUGCGGAACUAAGUAUGCAACAGCGCUCUAACCAAACGGAUAACCUAAAAACCAAAGUACAAAACGUUUACUUAGCGGUUUAUGUUGAACAGCAGUACAGCAUAACCUGUUAUGCACUGACGAGUUGAAGACAAAUCGUUAAGAAAAUUAAAAUCGCUGUGUGCCCUAAGCACGACACAAGGUUAAUGAAUUUGUACUGGCUCUAAAAGAUUUAUCGCAACUUUGAAUAGUUUUCUAGAUUAUGGACCCGAAAGACUCGAAUCUACACGAAGGACAGUUUCGUUAACAUGGGCGAUUUGGUCGCAUCUUUCCUAAUCGUCAGUGAUAAAUAUAUCCUGUGUAGUUGUAUACGAUCAUUCAUAUCGCGUGACCACGUGGUGACCGCUUUUAAUCUGUGUAUCUUCACAGUAAUUGUUUGUAGUGUUGUCAUCAUCAUCGUGAAAAAACUAUCAUUCGAUUAUUGGCUUUAUUUAAAUAUAGAGGUGAGAUUUA